AUGACCAGCUACAGCGGAUAUCCCGAGACCCGCCUGCGCCGCCUGCGCGGCAGCGACCCGCUGCGGAACCUGGCCCGGGAGACCCGUCUCUCGCCAAAGGAGUUCAUCUACCCGAUGUUCGUGAUGCACGGCCACGGGAUGCGCGAGCCCAUCGAGCCGAUGCCGGGCUGCCACCAGGUCUCGCUGGACGUGAUGUCCGAGGAAGUGGGCGAGGCGGCCGAACUGGGCAUCGGCGGCGUGCUGCUCUUCGGCCUGCCCGCCGAGAAGGACCCGCUGGGCACUGAGGGCUACGAUCCCGAGGGCAUCGUGCAGGAGGCUGUGCGCACCAUCAGUCGCGCGACACCAGAAAUGCUGGUCAUCACCGACGGGUGGCAUGUGUCGAGUAACAUCACCGACCACGGCCACUGCGGGGUGAUCGACAACGGCCGCAUCGACAACGACGCCACGCUGGAGCUGCUGGCCCGUACGGCGCUGUCCCAUGUGCAGGCCGGCGCCGACCUGCCAGCGCCGUCGGCCAUGAUGGACGGCCAGUUCGGCGACCGCAAGACCUACCAGAUGGACCCGGCCCACUCGCGCAUGGCCAUGCGCGAGAUCGAGAGUGACAUUGCCGAGGGCGCCGACAUCGUGAUGGUCAAGCCGGCCAUGGCCUACAUGGACGUGAUCCGCGAGGCCCGCGAGCGCUUCAACCACCCGCUGGCCGCCUACAACGUCAGCGGCGAGUACUCGAUGGUCAAGGCCGCCGCCCAGAACGGCUGGGUUGACGAGCGUCCGGUCACCACCGAACUCCUGACCGGAAUCAAACGCGCCGGGGCCGACAUCAUCAUCAGCUACUUCGCCAAGGACGUCGCCCGCUGGGCACAGGGGUAG